CAUUAUCCGCUUCUCUAACCGCCAAAAAACACAGGAAGAAAAAGACGCUGCAAAUACAAAAGCUUUCUCGCCUGAGCACGUGAAUUGUUUUUAUAAUCUCCAAAUAUUUUUUUUUCUGAUAGAGUUUUAUAGUUAGAUUGGAUCCAGUUCGAAAUAAAAUACACAUUACUGUGUCUGUGGUUGAGGAUUUAAAACUUCAUUUUGCUUUAAAACCCCGAGAUCUGUUAUAAUGAGUUCAGCAGGUGACGGACCACACUCCUCCAGAACGUCUCAGGCUGAUGAUCCUUCACAGCUGUCUGAGGACGUGAAAAUAGAAACAGGCUCAAUGGAACAGGCCCCCCCUGUGGACCAGCAGAAUGGAGGAGUCCAUAUGAAGCUCACACCUCAAGUCUGUGUGAAGAAAGAAGAGAUGCUGGAGCUGAAUAUCUGUGACGGUGGAAACGACCUGAACAACAUUCCUGAAGUUUCUUCCAUUAAAGUGGAAGAAGCUGAUGAUAAAGACUUCCUCUACUGUGAAGUUUGCAAAUCCUUCUUCUUCAAAAAGUGUGAGGUUCACGGGCCGGCGCUCUUCAUCACUGAUACUCCUGUUCCCAUGGGGGUCGCUGACCGAGCCAGACAAACUCUUCCUCCUGGUCUGGAGGUUCAGAAGUCCGGUAUUCCUGAUGCAGGCCUGGGAGUGUUUAAUAAAGGGGAGACUGUUCCAGUUGGUGCACACUUCGGACCCUACCAAGGAGAGCUGGUAGACCGAGAGGAAGCUAUGAACAGUGGCUACUCUUGGGUGAUAUCCAGGAGUGGGCAGCGUGAGGAAUACAUAGAUGCCAAGAGAGAGAUGUAUGCUAACUGGAUGAGGUAUGUGAAUUGUGCUCAUAAUGAUGGCGAGCAGAAUCUUAUGGCAUUUCAGUAUCAAGGGGGAAUUCUGUAUCGAUGCUGUCGACCCAUUAAUCCAGGACAGGAGCUCUUGGUGUGGUAUGAAGCACACUAUGCUGAAGAUCUCAGCCCUGCAUUUGACAACCUCUGGAACAAAAAGUGCACCACAAAUGAAGUAAACAACGGUUUGUUGCAAGUCUUCUUCUCCUGCUGCUUUUGUCCACUUUCCUAUGCAUCACAAAUUUAUCUCAACAAACACAUCAAGAGAUGCCACUAUGAGGAGUUUGUGAGACUGCAGAAAUCAGUAGAGAUUAAACAUGAAAUUCUUAUGCCCACAAAUGACUCCAAUACUCAGCAAAUAUCAUCUCAUGCUCUCAGUUCUGACACCUCUCAGAAAGAAAUGCAGAAGGAAAUAAACCACUGCUCAGAUGGUGGAAAGCGUUUGACUAAUCUGAUUCUUCUCAAAACACAUCAACAUAGUCAAACAGGAGAGAACCCACAUCACUGCUCACAGUGUGAAAAGAGUUUUAAUCAAAAGGUUGAUCUUCAGCUGCACCAGCGCAUUCACAAACGACAGAAGCUGUAUCACUGUUCACUGUGUGGGAAGAGUUUUACUGAUCAGAGUAAUCUCCAAGCCCAUCAGCGCAUUCACACGGGAGAGAAGCCGCAUCACUGCUCACAGUGUGGAAAGAGUUUUACUCAUCAGAGUAAUCUCCAACGACAUCAGCGCAUUCACACAGGAGAGAAGCCAUAUGAAUGCUCACAGUGUGGAAAGAGUUUCUCUCAACAUAAAAAUCUCCAAGCCCAUCAGCGCAGUCACAAAGGAGAGAAGCCGUAUCACUGCUCACAGUGUGGAAAGAGUUUUACUCAUCAGAGUACUCUCCAACGACAUCAGCGCAUCCACACAGGAGAGAAGCCAUAUGACUGCUCACAGUGUGGAAAGAGUUUUACUCAUCACAGUACUCUCCAACGACAUCAGCGCAUCCACACAGGAGAGAAGCCGUAUCACUGCUCACAUUGUGGAAAGAGUUUCUCUCAACAGAGUAAUCUCCAACAACAUCAGCGCAGUCACACAGGAGAGAAGCCGUAUCACUGCUCACAGUGUGGAAAGAGUUUCUCUCAACAGAGUAAUCUCCAACAACAUCAGCGCAGUCACACAGGACAGAAGCUAUAUCACUGCUCGCAGUGUGAGAAGAGUUUUACUCAUCAAAGUAAUCUCCAGCUACAUCAGCACAUUCACACAGGAGAGAAGCCACAUCACUGCUCACAGUGUGGAAAGAGUUUUACUACUUUGAGUAAUCUCCAGGUACAUCAGCGUAUUCACACAGGAGAGAAGCCAUUUCACUGCUCACAGUGUGAAAAGAGUUUCUCUCAACAGAGUCAUCUUCAACAACAUCAGCGCGUUCACACAGGAGAGAAGCCGUAUCACUGCUCACAUUGUGGGAAGAGUUUUACUCAUCAGAGUACUCUCCAACGACAUCAGCGCAUUCACACAGGAGAAAAGCCGCAUCACUGCUCACAGUGUGGGAAGAGUUUUACUUUCCAGAAUAAUCUCCAGUUACAUCAGCGCAUUCACACAGGAGAGAAACCAUAUCACUGCUCACACUGUGGAAAGAGUUUUACAACUCAGAGUAAUUUCCAACGACAUCAGCGUAGUCACACAGGAGAGAAGCCGUAUCACUGUUCACAUUGCGGGAAGAGUUUCUCUCAACAUAGACGUCUCCAAGUCCACCAGUGCAUUCACACUGGAGAUCAAACAGGAGAGAACCCACAUCACUGCUCACAGUGUGAAAAGAGUUUUAAUCAAAAGGUUGAUCUUCAGCUGCACCAGCGCAUUCACAAACGACAGAAGCUGUAUCACUGUUCACAGUGUGGGAAGAGUUUUACUCAUCAGAGUAAUCUCCAAGCCCAUCAGCGCAUUCACACGGGAGAGAAGCCGCAUCACUGCUCACAGUGUGGAAAGAGUUUUACUCAUCAGAGUAAUCUCCAACAACAUCAGCGCAUUCACACAGGAGAGAAGCCGCAUCACUGCUCACAGUGUGGAAAGAGUUUUACUCAUCAGAGUAAUCUCCAACGACAUCAGCGCAUUCACACAGGAGAGAAGCCGCAUCACUGCUCACAGUGUGGAAAGAGUUUUACUACUCCAAGUAAUCUCCAGAUACAUCAGCGGAUUCACACAGGAGAGAAACCGUAUCAAUGCUCACAUUGUGGAAAGAGUUUCUCUCAACAGAUUAAUCUCCAACAACAUCAGCGCAUUCACAAACGAGAGAAGGCGUAUCACUGCUCACAGUGUGGAAAGAGUUUUACUACUCCAAGUAAUCUCCAGAUACAUCAGCGUACUCACACAGGAGAGAAACCGUAUCAAUGCUCACAUUGUGGAAAGAAUUUUACUGAUCAGAGUAAACUCCAACAACAUCAGCGCAUUCACAAACGAGAGAAGCCGUAUCACUGCUCACAGUGUGGAAAGAGUUUUACUACUCCAAGUAAUCUCCAGAUACAUCAGCGUACUCACACAGGAGAGAAACCGUAUCAAUGCUCACAUUGUGGAAAGAAUUUCUCUCAACAGAGUAAUCUCCAACAACAUCAGCGCAGUCACACAGGAGAGAAGCCGUAUCACUGCUCACAGUGUGGGAAGAGUUUUACUUACCACAGUAAUCUCAAACUACAUCAGCACAUUCACACAGGAGAGAAGCCGCAUCAGUGCUCACAGUGUGGGAAGAGUUUCUCUCAACAGAGUAAUCUCCAACGACAUCAGCGUAGUCACACAGGAGAGAAGCCGUAUCGCUGCUCACAUUGCUUGAAGAGUUUCUCUCAGUAUAAAAAUCUCCAAGCCCAUCAGAGCAAUCACACAGGAGAGAAGCCGUAUCACUGUUCACUGUGUGGAAAGAGUUUUACUGCUCCAAGUAACCUCCAGGUACAUCAGCGUAUUCACACAGGAGAGAAGCCGUAUCACUGCUCACAGUGUGGAAAGAGUUUCUCUCAACAGAGUAAUCUCCAACAACAUCAGCGCAGUCACACAGGAGAGAAGCCGUAUCCGUGCCCACAGUGUGGGAAGAGUUUUACUUACCAGAGUAAUCUUCAGCUACAUCAGCACAUUCACACAGGAGAGAAACCGUAUCACUGCUCACAGUGUGGCAAGAGUUUCUCUCAACAGAGUAAUCUCCAACGACAUCAACGUAGUCACACAGGAGAGAAGCCGUUUCAUUGCUCACAUUGUGGGAAGAGUUUCUCUCAACAUCGUAGUCUCCAAGUCCAUCAGCGCAUUCACACUGGAGAGUAGUUUUAAGAUUCACAAGUGCACUAACAGAGCCAUUAUCUGAUUUUAAUCAUUUGUCAGAUUAAAUAUAACUCUCUUAUUUAAAUUAUCUGUAUAAAAAAUACUUUUGCCUUCUCAAAUUUCUGUGGAAGUUAUCAUAUGUAAUUUUAUUGCAGUGAUUAAUAUCCUUGUUUUGUUUCCUUUUCCUCUUAAAUAGCCAUAACAUUAAAUCCAUAACUUCUGAGCAGAUAAUUUAUAUUGUCAGUGAAGUAACUAGUGCAGGAUAAGAAUAAAGGAGAGCCAUCCAAAGGGAGCUCCCUAAGGCACCAUAAACUUCAAUUGCCACUUAACUGAAGAUUCAUGUCAAUAGAGUGGAAAUAGUACAAACAUCUCAGAACUCUUUUUGCCCAUGCUCAACUUCGAAGGUUUGUUGAUACAUACAGCAGGGCACUGGACAUUAUAGUAAUCCAAAUGUUAUCAUUUCAAUUAUUUCUUUGGACAAAAACAUUCAUUCUGAGUAAAAGAACAUUCCUAGCCAUGGAGUCAUUGGUAUCCUAAAUGCCACUUGCUAACCUAGAGACCUAUGUUAACUUAUCACAUUUGGAAAAUGCCAUCAGGUAAUUAAAUAUUUGGACACUGACAACGUUUUUGUUAUUUUAGCUGUCUAAAUAUGUGUAUUAGAGUUGAAAUCAUACAUGUAACCAUAUAAUUGUAAAUGCAUCCAAAUUGUGAGCUGUGUAGGAUGGAGCCCUUGUUGAGCUAUCCCAUGUUUGUUAAUCUGGUGAGUAAGUUUCCACUUUCUGUCUAGGUUGUCGACAUCUCUGGUAUUGUCAAAGUGGUCCUGGCUGCUUUUCCCCCAAUAAAUUCUGUCUCUCAGCUGGAUCGUGGUCAUCUGGCUAACUUGUUUAACUUGGCUGUGUGUAUGCAUGGGGGAGUUUGUACUUGACUGUUUUAGCCCUUUUUGGACUAAAUGUCAUUUAAAAAUUGCUCAUUGGCAAACUUGGCGUUUCCACAUACAGGCACUGUGUUAUGGCUUAGAAAGAAAGCUCCCUUACUAAAUGAAUUUUCUUUGCAAGAAAAAGCUAGGCCAUUUCUAUCUUUCUGAAAUUUGGCAGUAGCCAAAUGUCUGUCUAGAUUUUAGUGCACCUCUCCCGCAAUUGGUCUUCCAGGUGUUUUGAUGUGCCUGAGCUCACUACUGUGUUCUUUCUUUCCAAGAGUUGAUCUUUUAAAAUGCAAAUACACUGUGGUAUACAGAUAAAAUAACUAACUUGGUCAGUGUCUAAAUAUUAUAGCCAUGACUCUGUGUACAUACAUGCACAACUAGGUGAUGUCAAUAUAACAGUGACAGUUGAUGUUGCUCUUCUGAAAUAUAUCGCUCCAUGGGAGAUGUUCAAAAAAAAAAAAAGAGGUCUAAGAUAAAGCCUUGUUGCAUUCCAUAAUUUACUUGUUUAAGGUUGGAGAAUUCCCUAUUUAUUCUUUAAUUGGUGCCAUUCUCACAAGUAAUAUCUAAACCAUGUACUGAUCACUCCCUGCAUGUGAAAACAAUCUCUUGUAUUCUUCACGUGUCUGGGCAAUAGGGUAGGGUGGCUAGACAGAUGCCUUUUCACAGAAAAGAAACAUCCAAGCCAUCCUAAAGUUUGUUUCAAACCAUGUGGCAAAACGUGUUAUGGUCUAAUAAGACAAAGGUAGAACUUUUUGGGCAUAAUUCUAAAAGAUAUGUUUUUCACAAACAUAACACUUGUUACCCAAAGAACACAAUGCCCAUGGCAAAGCCUGGUGGUGGCAGGUUGGUUCUCUUCUUCUGGGACUGGAGCUGUAUUCAAAACAGAUGGAAUCAUGGAUAGCUCCAAAUCACAAUGUAUGUUGGCACAAAACCUGCAGGCCUCUCUUUGACAGUUGAAGAUAAAUAGAAAUUUCAUCUUCCAGCAUGAUAAUGACCUAAAGCACAAAUCCAAGUCCAGAUUAUGAUCACCAUUUAGGAAUGGCCCACUCUGAGCCUAGAUUUAAAUCCUAUUGAAAAUUUGUAGAAUGACUUAGAGUGCCAUGCACAGGAGAUUACUUUGCUAUUUCAUAGACCUUGUAGUAUUUUUGCAAUAGAGAGUGUAAUAAAAUUCCCAAAUGAAAAUGUCCUAAGUAGGUAGACUAUGUGCUGUAUUACAAGCAAAAUUUUUAUUUUUUUAAUUUUAAUUUUUUUUUUUUUUUUAUAAAUAAAGUACUGGUUAAGGGGUGUGCAGACUUGGGCAACCAGGUGAUUAUAAGUUUUUUCUUUUUCUUUUUUUCUUAAAAUUUUUCUACUUGUUUUUCAAUUGAAUGUUGUUCACAGGCUUCUGUAGCAAAUUAAAGAUGGAAAAUGAUCUGACAUGAUUUAUCUUGGUUUAAUUUUUUACAUCACAAAAAUGUGAUUUUAACACUGUACAUGCUUAAUGAUUAAAAUAGUAAUUUUGAGUAGUAUCCUUGUUUGUAUCUUGUACAAUGAGAGCUUGAUAAUGUUAAAUUCCUUGUAUGUGAAAGUGUAUUUAGCCAAGAAAGGGCAAUGGCAAUCAGGCUAUUCACAUGUACAUAGGAUUCCUCCAAAGGAUAAAUCAUCCAUUGAUUUUCCUUCUGCUUUUUCUUGUUGGGGCAAUGGUGGCAGCAUGAAGAGAAGGUUAGCCCAGAGAUCUCCAGCCAAAGAUUACAUCUAUCACAGGACCCAAGUUGUUCCCAACCCAACUGUGUAACAUAAUCAUUCUAGUGGAUCCCGGGUCUUCUGACCAGGGCAAACUACCUAAACUGGCUUCUCUCCAUUUGGAGAAUCAACUAUUUUGGUUGCUGAUUCCUGGUCCCUUACCAUAUCACCUCAUUUCCACUACCUACUGUGACCUUAUUCUUUUCAAGUCAAGUGGCUUUAUUGUCAUUUCAACCAUAUACAGUGCCCUCCACUAAUAUUGCCAACCUUGGUAAAUAUGAGCAAAGAAGGCUGUGAAAAAUUGUCUUUAUUGUUUAACCUUUUGAUCUUUUGUUAAAAAAAUCAGAAAAAUACUCUGCUCUCAAAGAUAUCAAACAAUUACAAACAUAACACAGGUGUCACAUAUUCCUCGUAAUGAGGUGUGGGAAUAAAUUUAAGACAGGAAAACACGAGGGUAACAGAUUAUGUAGUGUAUUGAGAAUCACUAUCAUACACAUAUUCUGGGGAGGGAAUAGGUCUUGUAGGAGAAUAAUUUGUAGGUGAGAGGUCAUAUGAUGUGUUUGUAGCCAAGUUGCUGUCAUCAUCAGAGGAAAUAAUAAACGGGCUCUCCACAGAAUUUAUGGGAAGAAGUUGAGCUUCAGUUUGAGUGGAGGCAUGAACAUGGGUCACCGAUGGAAUGAUAGGAUAAGCGGGAGAAUAAGGAAACCCUGUGGGUCCAGCAGAGCUGUAACAUCGACAUCCAAACAAGCCAGCUUGCUGACGAAGGUAUGCGCAGCCUGCAGAUGGGCCUCAGCCGCCUGUACUAUGCAUAAACCUCAAAGUUAGAGGAUGUUGCCCCACAGAGACUCCAUCAACAGGGGCGUGGCUGGCUGAAAUGGCAGCCACGUAAGCCCUGAUUGUAGAAGAAGCCCACCCCGCUGAGAAACAUCCUUGUAAGAACUCCAGGACUAUACCUAUUGCGCAGUUCACUGGGUCUAGCUGGUGAUCCUCACACCACAAGACAAAAAGCCGCAACCUGAGCGCAUACAGUUUCCUCAUGGAUGGUGCUCUAGGGUUCAACAUGGUCUAUACAACAUCACUUGUGAGACCAGAAUCUAUGAGCUGGUGCCCCUCAGGGGCCAGACCCAAAGUUUCCAUAGUUCCGGGCGAGGGUGAUAAAUCAGCCCUCCGGCUUGAGACAGUAGAUCCACUCUAAGGGCUGAAAUGGGGCACAUGACAGACCUUCCAGGACCACAGAAAGGUCCCAGGAAGGUAUGCACGGCCUGCAGAUGGGUCUCAGCCUCCUGACACCAUGCAAAAACCUCGAAGUUAGACGAUGUUGCCCCACAGAGGCUCCAUCAACAGGAGCAUGGCUGGCCUAAAUGGCAGCCAAAUAUUUACCACAGGUGCCAGUAUUAGUGAGGAUGAUGUGUAAUGUUAACAGGAAUGUUUAGACUUUGUGUCCACUGUAUGACUAUAAUCAAAGCACAGAAUUAAAAAUGUGACGUAAAAAUAUGUGUUCAGAAAGCAUUCUGGUCAUCAUGUUGGAAAUUAGAUGACACCAGAACAAAAUGGCUCCAAAGCAAAGAGCAAAAACACAGGUUUUCAUGCUUCAGUGCUCUUUAGUGCUCAAAUGACAUGUAAUUAAAGUAAGUAAGUUUCAUGC